AUGGUGGGACGCUACAUCUUUCCUCUCCGCUCGGAUGAGGAACUUCUGGUUUUCGAGAAGAAGAUCAAUUAUAAUUUUGCCAAUCGCGCUUUGCUGCGGGAGGCACUUCAAGGCUCGAACGCUUUGAAUGGAGAUGGAAAUAAGACUCUUGCUUUAAUCGGUGUCGUCAAAAACCCCUGCCAGUCUCAGAUCGGGCGCAAUGUUAUGAUCGAUACCAUGCAGGCGAUCGUCGGGGCAGUAUACCUCGACUGCAAUGAGCAGAUCCCGCCAUGCGCCGAUGUUAUGACCGCUUUGGGUCUUUCUUGGCCUGAGUAA